AUGUCAACCACUUUUAGCCCCGGAAGCUCCCGGUUGCUGCAGCUCGGUGUUGCCGGCUCCGCCUCCUGCCUCAGAUCUUCUUCCUCCAAGAAGCCGCCUGAGCCGCUGCGCCGCGCCGUGGCGGAUUGCCUCUCGUCCUCCCCUCCUCCGGCUACCUCCCACCAUGGCUCGAUCCCUUCCAUGCCACCGUCCGAAGCUCUUAGAAAUCUUCGGGAUUAUUUAUCAGCCGCUCCCACGACUGAUCUGACCUACAACGUGCUCUUAGAGCAUACAAUUGCAGAGAGAGAUCGCAGUCCAGCUGUGGUGACGAGGUGUGUGGCAUUACUGAAACGGUAUCUCUUAAGAUAUAAACCUAGUGAGGAGACACUACUGCAGGUCGAUAGAUUUUGCGUGAACCUGAUUGCUGAGUGCGAUGCUAGCUUGAAGCAAAAAUUAUUGCCUGUUUUAUCAGCACCAUUGGGUGCUUCUCCUUUACCAGUGUCCAGCUUUGCUUCUGGAGCUUUGGUGAAGUCAUUGCAUUAUGUGCGUUCCCUUGUGGCACUACAUAUCCCCAGGCGUUCCUUUCAACCUGCAGCAUUUGCGGGAGCUACUCUUGCGUCAAGAAAGUUAUUGCCAUCUCUUUCCUCUUUGUUGAGCAAAUCAUUCGAUUCCCAGUUAAGUCCUGCUGCCGCAGAGUCUCCACAGAAAAAGGAUGCUGCGGAUCUGUCUGUUUCAAACUUGUCAAAUAUAGAAGAAUUUAAUGCUCUGGAAGACAUUGUAUACAUAUCAUCAGACUUACUGAAUUGGCGUUGGGUUGGGGAGCUUCAGUUAUCAUCAGCUUCUUCCGAAAGUGAACGCCCUGUGAAUCUCCAAGACAUGAACAAUUGUAAUCUUUUGGAAGUUGGUGCUGCCGGCCUACUCGUAGGAGAUAUGGAAGCUAAAAUGAAGGGCCAACACUGGAAAUAUUUUGGUACCACAGAAAUGCCUUACUUAGAACAGCUCCUGCAGCCAGCUUCAGUCACGAUGAUAACAAAUUCAGUCUCAGCUCGCUCUCACUUGAGAGCGAUAACAGCUACCAAACGCACGAGGGCUGGCCCUCAGCAGAUCUGGGAUGAUUCCACAGUGAGCACAUUUCGUCCACGUGCCAGACCACUUUUUCAGUAUCGUCAUUACAGUGAACAACAACCAUUGCGCCUAAACCCUGCCGAGGUAGGUGAGGUGAUCGCUGCUGUUUGGUCAGAGGCAUCAUCCACCCCUUCAAAUCCAAUGACCGUAUCACCCCAAUUGAAUAGCAAGACUGGGAAGACGUCGAUGGAUGUGGCUAUGAGCGUCCUGAUAAAGCUUGUUAUUGACAUGUAUGUCUUGGACGCUAGAAUUGCUGCUCCUCUUACUCUGUCCAUGCUCGAGGAAAUGCUUUGCUCCACAAAUACAGCUUGUAGGAUUCGUGUAUUUGAUUUAAUUCUUAAUUUAGGAGUUCAUGCACAAUUGUUGGAGCCAAAGAUAAGUGUUAAUGCUUCAACCAUUGAGGAAGAAUACGCCCAAGAAACAUUUAUCGACAAUGAAAAUAGGCUACUGCUUCAAGGGACAAGAACGAGAGACUUGCCUAAGAUGUCAAGCACUUCUUCAGCUAUUGAGAACUUCGAGUCUUGGAUAUUAAAAAUCUUAUUUGAAAUACUCCUUGUCCUAGUUCAGGUUGAGGAAAAGGAAGAAUCCGUUUGGGCAUCUGCUCUCAGCUGCUUGUUAUAUUUUGUCUGUGAUAGAGGGAAAAUAAGGAGAAAGCAGCUAAGUGGUCUUGACAUAAGGGUUAUUAAAGCUCUUCUGGGAACUAGCAAAAGGAAUUCUUGGUCAGAAGUUGUUCAUUCCAAGCUUAUUUGUAUCAUGACAAAUAUGUUUUAUCGAUCUCCAGAGCUAGAUGGUUCUAUCAAAGCAACGUCAAGUGCCUCAAGUUUUCUUAUAGAACAGGCCGAUCUGAUUGGUGGCGUGGAGUUCAUUCUCUAUAAGUACUCUUUGGCAACCACUAGAGAGGAAAGAAGAAAUCUCUACUCGGUUUUAUUUGACUAUGUUCUGCAUCAAAUUAAUGAGGCAUGCGCAGCUGCUGGUCUUUCUGAGUACACUGAUGAUGAGAUUCAACCAUUGGCUGUUCGGCUUGCUCUUGCUGAUGCACCUGAAGCUUUCUACAUUUCUGUUAAGCUUGGUGUUGAAGGCAUAGGGAAAAUCCUGCGAAGAUCAAUUGCUGCUUCAUUGUCUGGGUUUAGCAAUAGCGAACGUCUAAACCAGCUUUUGGCAAAUAUAACAGAAAAAUUUGACACGAUAGUAGCUUCGUUUACUCACUUGGACAAAGAGUUUCUGCAUCUCAGACAGAUAACCAAGUCGUCCAAGUACAUGGAAACCAUUCAAGAGUUAAGAAAUGAUAUAAGCAUGUCAGUGAAUCUAGCUUGGGCUACUUUGCACUCUCUUCUUCAUUCAGAAAGAGCCACAAAUCGUCAAAAUGGAUAUAUCUGGUUGGGGGAUCUUCUGAUUGCGGAAGUUAGUGAAGAGAGUGGUGGAAGUAUAUGGCUGAGCAUAAAAGACCUGCAGCAAAAGAUUGCCAAUUGUGGUGCCUCCGACUCUCUAAUUACUUCUGAUAUACCUAUUUCCGUACAUCUUCUGUGUGGACUCUUGAAGUCAAAGAACAGUGUUAUCAGAUGGGGUUUUCUGUUCAUACUGGAGAGGCUUCUUAUGCGUUCCAAGUUCUUACUAGAUGAGAAUGAGACACAGCGAUCAACUGUUGGAAGUGCUAGUCAGGAUCAGAAAGACACACGACUAGAGAAAGCAAAUGCUGUUAUAGACAUAAUGAGCAGCGCUUUGUCUUUGAUGGCACAAAUAAAUGAAACUGACCGGCUUAAUAUCUUAAAGAUGUGUGACAUUCUUUUCUCGCAAUUGUGCUUGAAAGUUUUGUCUACUGAUGAGGAAGCAGUCCCCAGUUCUGCUGAGAGGAAUAACAAAUUUGAUACAUCCCAUCGUAACAGCUAUAAAGAGAGUAUGGAUGAUGCUGACAUCAGGCCUCGGUACAACAAUGUCUCUGUUUCAACGUGCGAGACAGCGUCAAUGGCAGCAAUGCUUCUUCGUGGAUAA